CUUCCAGCUUUUCCGACCAAACCGCGAAAUAGAUGUCCGAGAGCUCAUUUGAUCGACAGCUGGGCCUCCACGAGCGCUUCUGCGUCGCCCGCACCAACCUCGGCUUCCCGAGCAUCGUGGCCUUUGUCGCGCAGCUGAAUCCUUCUAGAGAUGCUGGAGCCAUUGACGAGCUCGAAAGCAGACUCAGCGAACGCAUCGAAAAGCUCGGCGAGCUGCUCCCGCUUCUGUCUUCAUACGUCGAUGGGGCGAAGACGAGGACGCCGAGAUUCGCUCGUCGCAAAGGAUGGCACCUCCGUGCCAGCGAUGUCCUUCGUCGGUGUAGAGAAGAGCCAGACCUAGACUCCUCCCAUCUACUCCAGAGGGAAAUUGUAGAGUGCACUGCUGCAUUCGAUCUCGGCAGGGCACCUCUCUGGCGUGUCAGGAUUCUCGAGAGCAAGCAAGGGGCCCAGGUGGCCGUCACGCUGGCCGUGCACCACGUCAUCUGUGACGGUCGAGGUUCUGCGAAUCUCUUGCAGGCCCUGAUGGCCGACGAGCUUCCACCGCUCGACAUCCUCACCGGCGGACUGGGGCCAGCCGAAUAUCCGCCGGACUCGAUCAAAGAUCUCGGCAUGACUCCCGGCUUUUUCUUUGUCGUCGACUUGAUUUGGAAGAACCUCGUCGUCACUCGUUUCCCAAAGUACAUUCGAAGCUGGCUCGAGGAGAAAGGCCGGUGGCCUACACAGGAGCCACCACCACCCGUCAAACCCAUCGAAGCCGAUAAGCGCAUCGUUGUCCUCAACUUUGAUCAGGCGGACAUCGUCGCCAAGCUCAAGGCUGUCGCCCUUCGUCAUGAGGUCAAGACCCUCAACCCGCUCGUGCACUCAGCUUGCUUGGCGGCCCUCUGUUCCAUUGUCGGCCUUUCUGAGUCAUUUCUGUACGUCGGCACUGAGACGGCCGUCAGCGAAAGAAUAGUCGCCCCGGACCGUCAUCACACCUAUUGCUCUGGAAACUUUGUCGGUAAUCCGUCUUGGCACGGGUCUCUGAGCAAGAGCAUCGACUUUUGGGACAUUACCCGGGCAUAUGCGCAGUACAUUGCCUCACCCCAGGGUCGCGUCGAUGGCCGCCACGCUCUCGGUGCGCUGGCCUAUGUUCCUGACUCGGCCACUUUCCAGUCGUCAGACCCUCGCGUGCCGACAGAAUUCGAAGCCUUCUUCUUGGAAAGAAUGCAAAGCGACCGACCCUAUCGAGAGUCGAUGGCACUGUCAAACAUCGGUCAGAUUGCGCUCCCCUCUUCAGUCAGGGACGUGGCAUGGGCACAGAAUCAGAGCCCCAUGGGAUCGCCUUUUUACAUCGACGCCUGCGGUCUUGCGCACGUAGAUGGAGCAACAAAGGUGAACGGCAACGCCGCGCUCUCACUCUCUGUUGGCUACCGCCAGGGGUCAGUGGGAGGAGGAAGAGAGGAGGCCUUUGUCAGUGCAUUGAGGCGGGCGAUCGUCCUCAUUGCCGACGACAUGGAAGAAAAGCAGACCUUUGGCAACAUCGUUCACGCCUUGCAGGCCUCUUCGACAGGGUAAAACUAGCCAGUAGUAACAAAAACAGUAGUAGCAGACCUGCUUGCUUGCCUGCCAGCCUGUCAGCCAGCUCAAGCCGGCCACGCGUUCUUCACAGCCGUCGGCGCUCGAGCCAGCCCAAUUUUUAGAGCUGCAAUUGAUUUUGUUUGGCUCUCACUUGGCGCC